AUUAUAGCUUGUACGCGUCGCUAUACCACGCUAGAAACUGCCAUCAAUGUAAAAGCAUACAAACGAACCAAAGAUCAAGGUUUGAGAGAAGCAAGAGCAACUGAAAAACUUGAGAAACAGCAAAAAUUAGAAGCGGAAAGAAAGUAUUCGGAUUUUGACGAUUUGGAAAAGGAUUUUACUCAAAUGUGUAAAAAUGUUGAAAUAUACAACGAAGAACCUUCUCUCAUACACGAAGAUUCAAUCGUCCUUCAAUCCGUGUUUACGAACGCGAGACAAAGAUUGGAACAGGAUGCGGAAACGGAUGAGGAUAAAGACGGUGGACGACGAGGAUGGAAAUUCCGAAUCGGAAUCCGUUAG